AUGGCAGAAUACAAGCUAUCUUACGAGUCUCAACUGGACGUCUACCAUCCCUCCUACCGCUACGAAGCCCAUGACCCGCGCGACUGGGAGUCGGCUGCUCUCCGUGGCCCAGCACUCCCAGCCAUAGGGAAUGCAACUGCCGGCGCAGUCGGCGCAGCAAUCUCCAAUGUAGUCGUCUACCCGCUCAAUGUCAUCGUCGCCCGUCUACAGACCCAGAAGCAGAAAGACAGUGACCCAAGCGAGAAAUCAGACGAUGAAGAGAACAGUGAAGCAUAUACCAGCGUGGCAGAUGCUGCCCGCAAGAUCUAUGCACAGCAAGGCAUCGCCGGCUUCUACCCUGGUCUGGCACAGGAUACUUGGAAGACCGUCGCGGACUCGUUCCUUUUCUUUCUUGCAUAUAGUGCCAUCCGCCAAAAGAGAAUAAUUGCGCAUGUAGGCGUAGAGCGAGCUGCUAAGAAAAAAAACAUUGUCCUUCCAAUAAUCGACGAACUUGCCGUUGGUAUCCUGGCUGGCUCGUUUGCCAAGCUAUUCACCACCCCGCUGUCGAAUAUCGUCGCGCGAAAGCAGACAUCUGCAGCGCGGAAGGGUGCAAAUGGGAAGAACUUGUCAACCAGUGACAUAGCAGCUCGCAUCCGUGCUGAAAAAGGUAUCCUAGGCUUUUGGUCUGGAUACUCGGCCACCCUGAUACUCACCCUGAAUCCAUCUCUCACGUUUUUCCUGAAUGAAUUCCUCAAACGGGCCCUCCUCCCACGUUCAAAGCGCGCCAAACCCCCGCCAGUUUUGACAUUCCUCUUGGCGGCCCUUAGCAAAGUCGCCGCCUCGUCAAUCACAUACCCCUUCUCCCUCGCAAAAACCAGAGCUCAAGUAACGAGUACCGGCGCUAAGCCCAAGUCUGAAACCGCAGGGAAGACUCGGACCUCCCUUCUCGCCUCUCUCACCCCCGAAAUACUUUCGACGGUCGCCACAAUCGCCCGCACAGAUGGCAUACCAGGGCUCUACGCUGGCCUUCAUGGCGAAAUGCUGAAAGGCUUCUUCUCGCACGGGUUUACAAUGCUCGCGAAAGAUGCCGUGUACGCUUUUAUAAUCAAGACAUACUAUCUCCUUCUGAUGCUGGGACAUCGCUAUCCCUCACCCAACGAACUCAUCGAGCGUGCCCGCGAACAGGCGGAGGAAUAUACAGAGAUUGCACGUGAAGGAGCACGUGAUCUAGCGGAAAGAACAAGGGAAGGCGCUGAGGAGCUACUGAACGCUAAUUCUGGCAGUGUCGCUGCUGAUAUGACAUCAAACUCCGCAGGCGCUGCUGACACUGCCCGAAGUCUGGGUAAUGGCAUUGAUUCUUCUUCGGGUCUGAAGGUUCCUGUUUCAUCGGUUUCUGAUGAAAUCAAUGAGACGGCCGAGCUGGUUGGUGAUUAUGUAGAGGAUGAAGCGGCCGAGUGGAGGAGCUUGUAUCAUUGGUUUUGGACGAAGGACCAUGGACAGCAUCAUGAUUGA